AUAUUUCAAUCAAAAAAAUCGUUGAACAAAGUCUGUCGAACUUCCCAAGCACACACGAUUUUAGAUCAUCUUUAUUUUCAUAGUACUUGAGUUAAAUUGAAUAAAUUAGAAGAGAAUCCGCCGAAAUGGAGGAGCUACAAAUAACCAGUGUGGGCCAGUUCCAGACCCUGGUGCGCUACAACAAUCCGGUGCUGGUGGUCAAGCAUCCGGACAAGAAGGGCGCUCCGUUGACGGAGAUUGAGAUGAAAAGACCCCAAACUGCGGGCGCUUUGCUAGAUACCAAACGGGAGACCGAGGAGAUCCUCAAUUCUAUUUUGCCGCCGCGCUGCUGGGAGGAAGAAGGCCAACUGUGGCAACAGUCUGUGUCCAGCACUCCGGCCACGCGUCAGGAUGUAAUCAAUCUACAGGAGAUGCUGGACACCAGGUUGCAGCAGACUCAGGCACGCGAGACGGGCAUCUGUCCUGUGCGUCGUGAGCUAUAUUCGCAGUGUUUUGAUGAAAUCAUCCGUCAGGUGACCAUAAACUGCUCGGAACGCGGCCUCUUGCUGCUGCGCAUCCGUGACGAAAUAGCCAUGUCCAUGGAGGCCUACGAAACGCUCUACUGCAGCUCCGUGGCCUUUGGAAUGCGUAAGGCUUUGCAGGCCCACGAGGAGAAAGAAAUGCUCCGGGAUCGGGUCAAGACACUCGAACUGGAUAAGGAAGCGCUGGAAGAAAUCAUUGCCGACAUGAAGCUAAAGCAGGAACAGGCCGAGCGCCGCAAUGCCGAGUUGCGCGCCUCCGAGGAGAAAAAGUUCACCGAAGAGAUCACGUUCCUGAAGAAGACCAACGCCCAGCUGAAGGCACAGCUGGAGGGCAUCACCGCACCCAAGAAGUAGGGACACGAUUUGUAGAGUUUGGUGGUAUAUGCGUUGGCAUUUGUCACUUUAAGAUUGUUGGAACUUAUUAAAAUUAAAAUAUUGGAGCAACUAAA